AAACCAAUGAUCCUCCAACCGUAUUCCUUCUUCCCAUAAUCCAACCACUGAACGCCGGCCCAGGCCUUCCCGCUCUAGUGAAUCCUCUCAGCCACUCAAACCCCACACUUGGGCACUGCACCAGCCAACUUCCUCCGAAGUAGCCCUCUCACUUCCGCUCACGACUGAAGCUCCUGUCUACCCUGCCCUGCCCUGCUCUUAUGUCUGCUGUGUCGCCGCCUCCAACUGCCUGCUACCUCGUUCUCUGAUCCCCCUUCUGGAGAAUGGAAGUUGACAUUGCUCCUCAGUUUGGAGCCGAAUUGAAGGAUGGCUUCAAGAACGCAAACGCUUGGGUCUCUGGCGGCAUUGCUUGGCUCGACGAGAUCCAGCAAUUCUACCGGGAAAGAGCUGGAAUAGAGAAGGAGUAUUCUGCGAAGCUGAGCGCAUUGGCAAAGAAAUACUAUGAGAAGAAGGCGAGGAAAUCGAGCAGCCUCAGUGUCGGCGACACGCCGACGGUCACACCAGGAUCGCUAGAGAGUGCAUCAAUGACCACUUGGGGUGUCCAAUUAAGCACCCUCGAGUCCAGAGCCGCUGAACACGAACAAUUCGCCGGAGCCCUCACCUCCAGAGUCGCCGAACCUCUUAAAGCCUACGGUCUCCGGUUCGAAGAAUUGCGGAAACUGCAUGCCGACUUUGCGACUAAGUUGGAGAAGGAGCGCGAUGGCACAUAUGGAGAACUGCGCAAGAUGAAGGGCAAAUAUGACACAGUGUGCCAGGAAGUGGAGAAUAGACGAAAGAAGAUUGAUAGCUCGUUUGAUCAUGGCAAGAACAAGGCUCGUAACGCAUUUGAGCAACACCAGGUCGAGAUGCGCAACGUCAAGAACACCUACCUGAUCAACAUCAACGUCACGAACAAGCAGAAGGAGAUGUACUAUCACGAAUACGUGCCUGAGUUACUCGACAGCUUACAAGACCUAUCGGAAACACGUGUUGCCAAACUCAAUUCGAUCUGGGCCUUGGCCGCACAAAUCGAGACGCAAACCCUAACGCGAAGCACCGAGUCCCUUAACCAUCUUUCCGGAGAGAUUCCUCGGAACAAUCCUCUACUGGACUCGAUGAUGUUUGUUAGACAUAAUGCAGGAGCGUGGCAGGAACCAGCGGACUUCCAGUUUGAACCCAGUCCCGUGUGGUUGGAUGAUGGUAGCAUUGCAACAGACGAAGCGGCCGUCGUCUACCUUCGGAACAUUCUCACAAAAACUAAAUCAUCUCUCACCGAGCAACGGCGCACGCUGGAUAAGAAGCGCUCCGAAGUCGAGAACGCCAAGAAAGUACGAGUCGCCAUUCGAGAAGGCCGGGAUAAGAGAGAUGAGGUGGAUGUUGUCCGAGCCAUAUUCGCCAUCCAGGAGGCGAUGCAUGAAGUAGAACGCCAAAAGGUCAGCGCCGAGGUGGAAGUGUCUACGAUCACCUCUGUUGUUGGCGAUCUGAGUAUUGGAGCCAGAAAUCACAACUUCAAGUCGCAAACUUUCAAGAUUCCGACCAACUGCGAUCUGUGCGGAGACCGCAUAUGGGGUCUGUCUGCAAAGGGAUUCGACUGCAAAGACUGUGGGUAUACUUGCCAUAGCAAGUGCGAACUCAAGGUUCCAGCGGACUGCCCGGGCGAGCAGACCAAGGAAGAGAGGAAGAAACUCAAAGAGGAGCGACAGAAGGCUUCGCAUGCUGCUCCUCCCGCCAAUGGAAAUACGGCUUCGCCUCGACCUGACAUGCCGCAGAUUAGUAGAAGCGAUACUGUCAAUUCGAUGAACACACUUAGUUCAGGCUAUUCUGCGACUGCGCAUCGAUCAAUAUCGGGCAUGUCUCCUACAGCGGAAGAGCCUCCAGCAGAGAAGAAAACAACUCCAGCGCCUGCGGCUGGCGCCAGGCGGAAUCGAAUAGUUGCACCGCCUCCGGCACAGUAUGUCAAGGAUGAUGGAGGCGAUGGACCAAUUGCUUCGCCCAAGGCACCGGAGCAGAAGGGGAAGAUGCUCUAUGCAUAUGAGCAGAACGGAGAGGGAGAAAUUACGGUCCCAGAAGGCAGAGAGGUUGUCAUUCUGGAGCCUGAUGACGGUUCUGGCUGGAUAAAGGUCCGCGCAGGCUACAAGGAGGGACUCGUUCCCACAGCCUACGUGGAGAUACUGCCUCUGACGCCUCCUUCUUCGAAUCGACCUGAUUCGACGUAUUCUGCGUCUUCCGCGUCGUUGGCAGGGAGUGUGUCGGCGGCAGCAGGGAAGAAGAAGGGCCCUGCUGUUGCGCCCAAGCGUGGAGCCAAGAAGCUCAAGUACGUGGAGGCCUUGUACGAUUACACGGCUCAAAGCGAUGCGGAACAUAGCAUGUCAGAAGGCGAGCGGUUUGUUCUUAUCAACUUGGAUGCCGGCGAGGGGUGGGCCGAUGUUGAGAAGGACGGUUCUGUUCGAAGCGUUCCCGCCAAUUACGUUCAACAAGUAUGAGCCGGAGCGGGACUCUCACAUUUUCGUUUUCUAAAAAGGAGGCCACAUUGUUUCCAAAACGAUCACCAUGAUAUUGAUCGUGCGUUUUCAUUUGAGCUUUGUCACAAGUCCCUGCAUUUGUUAGAGAGAGUACAAGCAGAAUCGGUUUCUGUAUAUACCCUCGAGGAAGAUGGAGCGUUAUUGUUACUCGACAUCGAGUCUCCCUUGUCGAUGACCGUCGUCAACAUAAGCGUUACAAUGAGACAAUGUCUUCGAAUGCAAUGCGUGCAUUCUCUUGCAUUCCGUCAGUCAAGUCGUGGAGAGUGCCGAUGUCUCAGUUACAACCACGAGAUCGCAUGCUGCUGAUAAGUGUUGCACAGACUGGCGAAUCUAACAUGUUGCACAGCAUAUGCUGCCAGAGUAAUCGUACUUUGAAUCUUCACCUUUUGCGGAGGAAGCUGCAGCCCGCUGACUAUUCUGUGCGGGACGAAUUUGAAAAUAUGUGUUUGUGUUCGUCAC